CCUUACUACCAACUACAUCACUCCCAUGCUACUGCGGUAAUUAUGGCCUCACAUAUAUAUAGACAGCAUCCCAACCACAGGUCCACUGACACUGAUGACAGCACAUUAGACGACAGAGCACAUUUGCAAGACCCACUUGGAUUCUCUCCGACUAUAUCAGAGCCCUUGUUCCUACACCAGUCAAACUCCGACAAUGUAUCACAUAUUGCCCCCCCACAACAAGCUCAUGAUCCCCCAUUGAUGCCGCUGUUCACUCCAGUACUCCAAGAUUUUCAGAAUAGAUAUGGGCCCAACAGCAUUCUACACCAGCAACAGCAACAGCAACAGCAGCACCGUCAAUACCCAUAUGAACAUAUCCUUGAAGAUACAGAAGGUGGAGAAAACCUUAGCAAUGACAACGGCACUGACAGCGGUAGCCCUCCUGACUUUCACGAAACGUUCAAAGGCAGCUAUGGCGAUGGCCAUGACGAUGACGAUGACCACGAGUUAGAUACAGAGGCGUUAUCUCGUCGGAACCUUCUGUUCGAUAGAAAAACUGGAAGACAAUCCAAUAACAUCUAUAACUCAGAUGCAGUCAUAGCGGGCUCAGGACUCUUUGGUAGCUCAAAGAGCCCUCAAACACCACAUUCUUCGUCCGAUCCAUUCACCUUUAAAAGCAAUAAAAGCAGCAAUGGCAGUAGCCAAACACAUACAAGUCGUAGUGACCCGUCACAUCGGAGGUCUAACCCUGACUUAGAGCUAGGAGACGACUAGGCUAUAAACGGCCAGGAAUGAAUGCUGCCGAAUUGGCCAUGUGGAAGUGGGUCAAUGUUGAAAACUUGGAUAAUUUUCUAACCAGGGUAUACGAUUACUAUGUUGGCAAGGGCAUUUAUACGAUUCUACUCGAAAGGUGCUUGAACCUAUUGUAAGCACUUUGCCUCCAUCUCGUAUUUUAUGUUUUGUAACCUGUACAAAAUAUCUUGUUUCUGUCCAUGAAUAAUUUAUAUUCUGAGCAUUGUGUAACUAUAG